CAUGGCGGCACAGACGGUUCAACAAGAAUACAUGCAGAUGCCCCCUGUCACACGGGCUUAUACCACAGCCUGUGUUCUGACAACUCUAUCAGUCCAACUUGAUAUCAUCACACCUUUCCAGCUGUAUUUUAACCCACAUCUUAUAUUCAGACAGUAUGAGGUUUGGAGGCUUCUCACCACAUUUAUGUAUUUUGGGCCAAUUGGCUUUAACUUCCUGUUUAACAUCAUCUUCACAUAUCGCUACUGCCGGAUGUUGGAAGAAGGCUCCUUCAGGGGAAGGACGGCCGAUUUUGUCUUCAUGUUCCUCUUUGGGGGACUCCUGAUGACUCUACUGGCCCUGUUUGUGAACCUGGUUUUCCUGGGCAGUGCCUUCACUAUCAUGCUAGUCUACGUCUGGAGCAGACGUAAUCCCUAUGUCCGCAUGAAUUUCUUCGGCCUCAUGAACUUCCAGGCGCCGUAUCUUCCGUGGGUUUUACUGGGAUUUUCCUUGUUGCUGGGCAACUCUAUAAUUAUAGAUUUGAUGGGUAUUGCUAUUGGCCAUAUCUAUUUCUACCUGGAGGAUGUUUUUCCUCAACAACCAGGAGGAUUCAAAAUUUUGAAAACACCUGCAUUUUUGACAUCAAUAUUUGAUGCUCCAGUGGAGGACCCGAAUUACAACCCCCCUGCAGAAGAUGAUCGCCCAGGGGGCUUCAACUGGGGGAAUCAGGGCGAUCAGCAAGAGCGGUGAAGUCCUGAAACAGAAACAUUGGUUUUCAUCAAAGCUGUAGAGAGUUAUGUCCCUUGAUCCACUUGUAUGGGACUUACUUCCCCUGUAAGCCUCACCUGAUAAACCAAAGCGUUCCCCAGCAAUGGAGAAUGUGUGGGCUUCAUUCUGAAUAUGCUCAAGAACUUUAGAGCUCUUUGCAAACGCAAACUAGGUUUCUGAAUUUCAGGAUUGUGACAAGUUCCAAUAUUUUCAAUAUUGCUCCAGUGAACAUUUCAGAUGUUUGUUAGGUUUGGACUUGUACAGAGCUUUUGGACUGAAAAACUUCUUGUACUCAUCAAUGGCUAAUUUAAUUGUGGUCUUUUAUUGUAUAUAGGAUAAGCAUAAAAACAGUGAAGAAAAAUUUAACUGUUUCAUUUUGGUUCACUGGCUCACUUUUCUAAUUUUUGAAAGGACAUUUCUUCAUCAUGAUAUUCUGUGUUUCCCAUAAGUAUGUCUUUAAUAGGUGUACCAGUGUGUUAGUUGCAUGCAAAUACUGGUAUUUAUAAUUUUGUCUAUAUAAGGUUCAUGCCAUGUCCUGAAGUAUCUAAUAUAUCUGAAGUAAGCUAAUUUACAAAAUGUGAUUUUCAACUUCUGGCUUCCAAUUAUCGACAUUAUGCAGAGAGAGUAAAUGAUUUAAAAUUAAAUCCCUUCAGCAAAUAAAGCAAGAUCUUAUUUUUUUUUUAAGUUUUUUUUUAAAGAACUUUUUCAUAGGUUUAAACCAAUAGAAAAAAUCCAUUGUAAUUGGGCUUAUUUGCAGUGAUGGUACUAAGAAGAUGUGAAAUUUCGUUGACAGUAGUGUUCAUGACUGUGUUGUUUUUUCGAGCAUUAUGUAAUUUUAUUCCUCUGAUCAUGUAGUGAGCAGUUGAAUGUUAUCAUCCAGGAAAAUACAUUAGUUUUGAUUUAAUUUCUGGAUUUGAAACAUCUUAAAUCAAAAGUAAUAAAAACUGUUAGCCUAAUUUAGAAAUGACUUCAGCUACACUUCAGGUGUCUGAACUACCCAACUCUUGCAACAUAUAAGUGUACAUUUAUAUGUGGACAUUUCAGUGAAACAAAUUUUGCCAGAUCAUUUUUUCUGGAGCAUCCUGUACAGUAGUCUUUAAGAAAUAUUUAUUUAUUUGAUUGGAGUUUUACGCCAUAUUUCGCUCAUACUGCGGUGGCCAACAUUAUGUUUGGAGGAAACCAGACGGAGUAGUCUUUUAGAUAUGAGAUUCCUAUACUCCUUAGUUCAAAUUUCAGUGAAAUCAUUUCUACUGGUUUUAGUUUCAGGUUCACUAUGAAAAAUGACGUGGUAUAAUUGUGCCCGGCUGAAUCUCUGUGUGUUUGAGUUUAGUCCCAUUUAUGUUUCACACAAAAGGAUAUUUUGUUUAUCAGAAAAAGUCACCUCUAUGGCAUCUUGUUUUAGACUUGUCUGUCUGUGUUUGUCUGUGAUUCCGGAAGUGAUUUCUCCGUAACUGUUUAAGGUGGGGCUUCCAAAAUUUUAUAUACACAUUUUCCUCAUUGUGGACGUGACCUGGUUAAAAAUCCAAUUUUGAACUUGCCAAUUUUGGAUUCAAGGAACAUGCUUUUUCACAUCUAUAUCGCACACAAAAAAAUGGGGAGGGAGGAAUUAAAAACACAACAGAGCUUGUAGUUCCUGUAGAUAAAGUCAAGAAAUCAUCAGCACAUCUGCCUUUCUCUCUCUCUCUCUCUAUCUCUGUACUUGAGGGAUGGCUUUUCACCAUUAUUGUAUAAAAUGACAAAUGCAUAUAUAUUCAUUGCUGAUGUAUGUAAAGUAUGUCAAAUCUAUGGUCAUCAGUACAAUAAAUUUAUUGUCUUGA